UGGAAGCGGAGGUUGAAUCCAUUGAUUUUUGACGAUGUAACCCAUGUCUGCGAGGAUACGUUGACAAUUUCAAUGACAAAACCCUUCAUUGUGUGCAUAACCAUCGCAAGAAGGGCUUAUGUGCUCCUCGCCACUUGAUUUCCGAGUCGGGGAGCUCAGUGUUGUCGGGGUAGAGUCCGUUUCAGCUGCACUGCAUCAACAUGGGUGUGAUCGGUGUGCAGCUGGUGGUUACCAUGGUAAUGGCCAGUGUAAUUCAGAAAAUCAUACCUCAUUAUUCCUUCGCAAGAUGGCUACUCUGCAGUGGCAGUCUGCGGUGGUAUCAGCACCCUACGGAAGAUGAGUUGAGGAGCUUAGCUGGGAAACAAAAAGGACAGAAGAAGAAAGACAGGAAGUACAAUGGUCACAUAGACAAUAAGGCACUGACGGUUCCCAAGGACAUAGAUUUACAGCUGGAGACGAAGUGCAUCGCAGAAGUCGACACAUUAGCAUUGCACUACUUCCCAGAGUUCCAGUGGCUGGUGGAUUUCACAGUAGCGGCAACUGUGGUCUAUCUGAUAACAGAACUCUACUACAGCGUGGCUCAGCCCUCCGGAGAGAUGAACAUCAGUGUGGUCUGGAGCCUGCUGGUGCUCGCUUUUGUCCUUAAGACUCUUUUCUCUCUAACUGCUCACUACUUCAAGCUGGAGGAAGGAGGGGAGCGUUCACUCUGCAUUACCUUUGCUUUUUUCUUUUUUGUCAAAGCCAUGGCCAUUCUCAUUGUCACUGAAAACUACCUGGAGUUUGGUCUUGAAACAGGUUUUGCGAACUUCUCUGACAGUGCUUUACAGUUUCUGGAGCACCAGGGCUUAGACUCCCAGGGUCCCAUAUCUAAACUCACCUUCAAGCUGAUCCUGGCCCUGCUAUGCUCCCUGAUCGGAGCGUUUCUAACUUUCCCUGGUCUACGAUUGGCCCAGAUGCACCUAGAUGCACUCAAUCUGACCACAGCCAAAUUUACACAGACUCUGCUUCAUAUCAACUUCCUGUCCCCUCUUAUCAUGGUCCUGCUGUGGGUGAGGCCCAUUACCAAGGACUACCUAAUAAACCCCACUCUGGAAGAGAAUGUGCCUUUGAUGACUGAGGAUACGUACGAUACGUUGCGGUUAUGGGCCAUCAUACUGAUGUGUAUGCUCCGACUCGCUAUGAUGAGACAUCAUUUACAGGCCUACCUCAACCUGGCCCAGAAGGGUGUGGACCAGAUGAAGAAGGAGGCGGGACGGAUAAGUACCGUUGACCUGCAGAAGAUGGUUGCUCGUGUUUUUUACUACUUGUGUGUAAUCGCACUACAGUAUGUGGCACCACUGGUGAUGCUGCUGCAUACAACUUUGCUGCUAAAAACCUUAGGUGGACACUCCUGGUGGGUCUAUCCUCAAGAAGACCUGCCUUGCGUCUAUGAAAUAAACUCUGACUCUGUGAUGGGGGCGGCACCAAUAGCAGCCCCAACACCAGCUUCAGUGGUAGAAACGGGAGCCGUGGGGUCAGUAGCCCAGCUGUCCGUGGCCCUGGGAGGACUGCGAACUGUCUUCAGCCCCUUGCUUUUCCGGGGCCUCUUCUCCUUCUUUACCUGGUGGAUUGCUGCGUGUCUUUUCUCCACCUCCCUAUUUGGCCUCUUCUACCAUCAGUAUCUCAUGGCGGCAUAGCAUCAACAACCCCGCAGUGGCGGCCAGACCUCCACGGGGUUGCUGUGUGUUUGGCCUGAUCAGAAAGGACUGAGUGUGUGGGGGAGGGGAGGGGGUUACAGGCCUAUAUUGGUGACUGACCUCCUUUACCUUCCUUUGACCAACGCAACAAUGACCGACCAUAUCAUCAGAGCUCCUGGUUCAACUUCCAGUGCUUCCUCCAGAGAUGACUCUGUGAACUCUCGUCAUUGUUUGUACUAAAACGACCAUUACCUUUUUAUUUGGAGAGCAAGAUUUAUACUGCUUAAUAACAGACUAAAGUGUGAGUUAGAAGAAUAUUAAUCGGUGUCGGUGGUGUAUUGCCAUAGUUAUGAGAAAUUGGUCCAGUGUGCUGUGUGAAAUAUGAAUAUUAUGAGGUAAAACAAUGUCUCAGAUGCUGAUUACAAUUAAUUUUACGUAUUGAAAUGUGGUUUGGCAGUUCCACCAGUGUCAGGGGAGAGUUUAAUUAAUAUUUUGCUAAUAUAUUUUUGUCACAACUGAUCUCAUGUAAUGAGUUUGAUGCAUCAACAUCUUCAGAAUCGUGAUGUUUUCCAGCCUCAUGCAUGUCGGUAGGAGUCGGACUGCUGUCCCUCCUAUUCAUCCCCUUCUCUUUUCAGUGGUCGCUUCUUUAAACUAGUAUUGACAAUGAGUUACAUCAGACUUAUCCAGGAAACCCUCUGUAUGACUGGAUACAUGCUGUACAGCUACAUUUAGGUAACGAUAUCACUGAAUCUGGAGAUGUUCAUGGACGCUAAUGUGUGACUUCAUAUGGGCCUUAAAGUCACCCUUUUUAUUUUCGUACGUUUUGGGGGAAAUGAUGGUUGCCAUACUUCUGCCCCAUGUUUUGUCUUUUUUGAUCAAAAAUAUGUGCGUUCAAACAAAAUUGCCUGUUUUACGCAAAUGUUUAAAUUUCAUAGCAACGGACCACAAUAGUGUCUGAAAUAGUCUUAAAAUGUUGCAGCAAGGACCAGUAUGUCUCUGAUUGUAGGAGG